AUGGUAGGAAGGCUCUAUAUCAAGGUCCCAGCGACAGCUUACUUCGUGAAGGCCUCGUCUGCAUCAGAGGAGCGCACAUGCUCUCUACGAUCCAUGGAGCCCAGAAGAACCGAUGGUACCCUGAUAUACCGGAGCCUGCGCGACGACACUGAUCUGUCAUCAGACUACGAGUGCGACACGGACAAUGAUGAUGUAGACAAUGAUGAAAGCACCAUAUUGCCCAGUCCUGGUGAGUACGAGGCCCUCGCGUCGGGGAAUCCCUUUAAAGGUGAGCAUUCAGUGGGCGGCUCUAGUUCUUUCAGCGUCGAGGAGACCGCUCAAACCCAAAAGCUGAAUAAGGGUCGACUUGCGGGAUUCUGGGGUAGGGUCACCACCCGACAGACCGUCACUGAGGUAAGCAAGAAGCGCGAGACUGUUGAGGAGAUCCUCAUGCGGCUAAAGCGGGAAGAGGAGGAAGCCGAACGAAUAUUGGCAGCUGACGAAGAGGCAGCUCUAGACGAGCUGAGAACCCUCGGAGUCUAG